AUGUCAUUUGUGGAUCCGCGCAUACGGCAAAUAAAAAUUAAAACUGGGGUGGUAAAGCGAAUUGCGAAGGAAAAAGUCGUUUACGAGAAAGAAGUUGAACAGCAAAAGAACAGGAUACAGAGAAUAAAAGACGAAGGCCAGGACGAACAUAAUAUAAGGAAGCAAGAGGAGGUCCUGCAGGAGUCGCUUAUGAUGGUCCCUGACUGUCAGCGACGACUGGCUAAAGCAUUUGAAGAUUUAAAAAACAUAUUGGAAACAGAACAAGAUUUGAAAGAAAACGAAGAUUACAUUGCGGCAGAACAAGUAUUAAAAGACGCUGAAACCCAAUUACCUGAAUCUUCU